AUGACACCAGCAACUCUAGCUUCCAUCGUGCUUUCAUACGCCACUGCGUUCCCAGAAACAGCAUCCCGGCUCAGCUCUCUACAGGACCUUCCCAUCCCUCCUGCCAGCGCUUCUACGGCCCUUGUCGAGCUGCAGCCCCGAAUUGACCGAGCGCUGGAGACACAGAGACGUCAGGCGGAGGAAAUUGCCGAGCUGAGGGUUCAAAGUACACUGUUGAUGAAGCGGUGGGUUGAAGUUGGCGUUGUAGGCGGCGGAGAGGUAUGGGGGGAAUGGGAGGAGAGGAUGAAGAUGGUUGAGAGAGGGGUGAGGAGGGAGGAGAAGGCGAGAGAGAGGGACUAG